GCAAUAUAGUAUUCGUUGGUCUUCACAGUUUGUGACCAUCACCUGCUUCACUGCCAUUACAAAGACAUCGUAUUUUCAUCAAGUUGAACUAUCUUUCGACAAAAAAUGUCUUCAAUUCUUGGCUACUGGAACAUCAGAUCACUUGGUGAGCCAAUCAGGUACAUUUUGGUUUAUACUGAGACUGAAUUUGAAGACAAACGUUACCAACAUGGGCCACCUCCUGGUUGCCAUCGUGAAGCUUGGUUGAAGGAGAAAGAGAAUCUUGGUUUGGAUUUUCCUAAUCUUCCUUAUUUUAUUGAUGGCGAUACAAAGAUUACUCAAAGCAGCGCAAUUAUACGUUAUAUUGCAAGAAAACAUAAUCUGUGUGGUGAAACAGAUGAAGAGAAAACAAUUGUUGAUAUGAUUGAAAAUUGUAUCAUUGACUUGCGCGAUGAGUUUUACAGAGUUUGCUACUCGUCAGAAUUUGAUAAACUUGUUGACAGUUAUAAAAAGAAGGUAGUUGAAAAAUUGGACCGUUUUGAAAAGUUUCUUGGUAGCAAGAAGUAUGUUUCAGGAGACAAGUUGACAUAUCCUGACUUCAUGUUUUAUGAAACCCUGGACUCACUUAAAAUACUUGACAAAAGUAUUGUUGAACCAUUCAAGAAGUUAAUGGAAUUUUGUGAAAGAAUUGAGGCAAUUCCACAAAUUGCUAAAUAUAGAAAAUCAAACAAGUUUCAAGAACGACCAAUAAAUGAUCCUAUUGCCUCAUUCAAAUGAAAUAUUUUAACAAAUUCCUGGUUUAAACACUAAUUAUAUUUUUUACAGUGACCAUAGCUUAUCAUGUAAUAUUCAUUGAAAUGAAAAAAUUUAUUUAAAUUUUAGUGCUGAUGUUGCAUGUUGAAUAUAUUUUGAAUUACAAUAAACAGCAAUAUUUUGA